AAUUAUGAACUCUUACACGCACGCGCUUCUGUAUGCUGCCAAGUGCAAAGCCAGCACUGCUGGAUUGGCGUUUAAUAUUUAAUCUUUUUAUGGUAACAGGAGGGAGUGGAGUUUGGUGGGCACACUUCUGUAGAUAAUUGCUGUAAUUUGGGGGAAAUUAAAGUAAUAACAAUGGGUGGAAAUGUUGGAGGUGUACUGUUUUGCUUUCCCCGUUUCAUCAUCCCGGAGACAGAGAGAGAAAGGCAGAGCAUCAUAUGCUUUGUAUGAGGACAUUACUUUUUGUUUCAAAAGGAAAUCAGGAAUAAAAUUUAAGCAUUAUACAUGAACUAAAAUAAAAGAAAAAUUAAAGAAAAAGGUUCUUCGUUGAUUCCGCUCUGUCUGUACGGAGAGAGAGAGAGAGAGUGAGAGUGAGAGUGAGAGUGAGACACGGGCAGAGACAGAAAGAGAGUGCAAGGAAUCUCUACUUUCUCUCUCUACCUUCAAAGCUGCUUGGGUCGAUUUCUUUGCUUUGGAGGCUGGCUGUCUUGGUAUCUAUGGACGUGUCUGAGAACUGAAGUCUGGUGAAGUUGACUCUGCUAUUUGAGUGGUUCUGCAAGUCUCAGUAAACCACAAGUAUUCUGUCAGUCAAUAUGGUUUCGAGGUCCUACACUAAUCUCCUGGAUCUUACUUCUGGGGAAUGUCCCACUUUUGGUCGAGGAGGGAAGAGGCUACCUCGAGUGGCAACUGUUGCUGGAGUAUUGACCGAGCUUGAUGAUGAAACCAGCCACAGUGUCGGGUCUGAUGCUCCUUCAUCUGUCUCACAGGAACGGAUUAUCAUUGUGGGUAAUCAACUUCCACUGAAGGCUUAUCGAAGAUCUGAUGGUGAUGGAGGGUGGUGCUUUAGCUGGGAUGCAGACUCCCUUCUUUUGCAGCUCAAAGAUGGCAUUGGGGAUGAUGUGGAAGUUAUCUAUGUUGGUGGUCUUAAGGAAGAGAUUGACCAAAGUGAGCAAGAUGAUGUGGCUCAAACCUUGCUUGAAACCUUUAAAUGUGUCCCAGCUUUCAUCCCUCCUGAGCUUUUCAGUAAAUUCUAUCAUGGAUUCUGUAAACAGCAAUUAUGGCCACUGUUUCACUACAUGCUUCCUCUCUCCCCAGAUCUUGGUGGUCGGUUUGAUCGGUCCCUUUGGCAAGCUUAUGUCUCUGUGAACAAGAUAUUUGCAGAUAAAGUAAUGGAAGUAAUCAGCCCUGAUGAUGAUUUUGUUUGGGUUCAUGAUUACCAUUUGAUGGUUCUGCCAACAUUUCUCAGGAAGAGAUCUAAUAGAGUGAAGCUUGGGUUCUUUCUCCAUAGUCCAUUUCCAUCAUCCGAGAUAUACCGAACACUGCCUGUAAGGGAUGAUCUAUUACGAGCACUCCUGAACUCUGACCUUAUUGGUUUCCAUACCUUUGAUUAUGCUCGGCACUUUCUGUCUUGUUGUAGUAGAAUGCUUGGGCUUUCUUACCAAUCCAAGCGAGGCUACAUAGGGAUCGAGUACUAUGGCCGCACUGUAAGUAUUAAGAUCCUUCCCGUUGGGAUUCAUAUAGGUCAGCUUGGUUCGGUGUUGAGUCUUCCUGAAACAGUGUCUAGGGUUGCAGAAUUACGGGAUCAGUUCAAAGGUCAGACUAUUUUGCUUGGGGUUGAUGACAUGGACAUCUUUAAAGGAAUCAGCUUAAAACUUUUGGCCAUGGAACAGCUGCUAAUACAUCAUCCCAAUAAGAGGGGUAAGGUUGUUCUUGUCCAGAUUGCAAACCCCGCGAGAGGCCGAGGGAAGGAUGUACAAGAGGUUCGAUCUGAAACUCAUGCCACAGUUAAGAGGAUUAAUGAGACAUUUGGACGGCAAGGAUAUAAACCAGUCAUUUUAAUUGAUACCCCUCUUCAGUUUUAUGAGCGAAUUGCUUAUUAUGUAAUUGCUGAGUGUUGUCUUGUUACAGCUGUGAGGGAUGGGAUGAAUCUUAUUCCGUAUGAAUAUGUUAUAUGCCGGCAAGGAAAUGAGAAGCUAGACGAGACUUUGGGACUAAAUCCAUUGGAUCCAAAAAAGAGCAUGCUGGUGGUUUCAGAGUUUAUUGGAUGCUCCCCGUCAUUGAGUGGGGCAAUUCGAGUUAAUCCGUGGAACAUUGAUGCUGUGGCUGAAGCUAUGGAUUCUGCCUUAAUAGUCCCUGAGGCAGAGAAGCAGUUGCGGCAUGAGAAGCACUAUAGGUAUGUGAGUACACAUGAUGUUGGUUAUUGGGCACAUAGCUUUGUGCAAGAUCUUGAAAGGGCAUGUAGGGAUCAUGUGAGGCGGAGGUGCUGGGGUAUUGGAUUUGGUUUGGGGUUCCGGGUAAUUGCUCUGGAUCCAAAUUUCAGGAAGCUUUCAGUUGAACAUAUUGUUUCAGCUUAUAAGAGGACCAAGAACCGGGCAAUUCUUUUGGAUUAUGAUGGUACUAUGAUGCUGCAAAGUUCAAUCAGUACAAGUCCUAAUUUGGAGGCUGUUGGAAUCUUGAACAACUUAUGCAGAGAUCCUAAGAAUGUUGUGUUCCUUGUUAGUGGGAAAGACAGAAAAACUCUUACCGAAUGGUUUUCUUCUUGUGAUAAGCUUGGGAUUGCAGCGGAGCAUGGCUAUUUUGUGAGGUCUAAUCACAAUACAGAAUGGGAAACUUGCGUGCCUAUGCCAGAUUUUGAUUGGAAACAGAUUGCUGAGCCAGUCAUGAAAUUAUAUACAGAAACAACUGAUGGUUCUACCAUAGAGACCAAAGAGAGUGCACUUGUUUGGAAUUAUCAAUAUGCUGAUCCAGAUUUUGGCUCGUGCCAGGCUAAGGAGCUUCUGGACCACUUGGAAAGUGUUCUUGCCAAUGAGCCUGUUUCAGUAAAAAGUGGCCAACAAAUUGUGGAAGUUAAACCUCAGGGCAUCAAUAAAGGUCUUGUAGCUGAACGCCUCCUAGUAACAAUGCGGAACAAGGGAAUGCUUCCAGAUUUCGUGCUUUGCAUUGGAGAUGACCGGUCAGACGAGGACAUGUUCGAGGUGAUAAUGAGUGCGCUGGCAGGCCCCUCCCUAUCCCCUGUUGCAGAAGUGUUUGCUUGCACCGUUGGCCAGAAACCCAGCAAGGCAAAGUACUACUUGGAAGACACAAGUGAGAUAUUGAGAAUGUUGCAGGGCCUUGCCACUGCUUCUGACCAAGCUAGUAGAAAUGUCAGCAAGGAGGACGAAUAAACACCACCACCCCUACCCCUCUCCAAAAAACUGAGCCCCGAGGAAAAAAGAAAUACCUCCAUGGUUUCUCAAGAGUAAAUAUAGUGCCCAUGAAAAUCUUAUGAUUUGUUCCGCUUUUUCUUAUCUGGGUUGAGCCAUAUGAUUUGGAGACUUUGUUCUUGCAUUAUCAUCAGAAUUAGAGAAGCUGUCUACUGUCGAUUUUGGUUAGUUUUUACUCUAGCAGGUUGAGAAAACUGUAACUUUACAUCAGUUUUGAUUUUCAUGUCUUACUAUUGCUUUAGUCUGUAUUGUGAAUAAGCCUGUAUAAUUUUUCUAGCAAUGCUACAUACUCUUCUACGCUCCA